ACCUGCCGCACCGCUGGCGGGGCGUGGUUUGGGAUGUGUAUAUGCACAACGUGAAAGUUAUAUGAAUCACUAGAAUUUUUCGAUCUGAAUUUGAUUUAUUUACCCUGUUGGGGCCUGAUUAUUUUGUAAACAGCCAGGCUAAAAAACUAAGAUGAAGAAGAAAACGACGGGGAAGACGCGUCACGUCGUGGCCUGGAUGAACAAAGCGGAGUACGAGCAUGUGCUGGAGCAUCUGUACUCCAGAGACCCCGCGCUGCAAAAACACGCUUUGCACAGGAUCUCUGCGUGGAAGGGCAGGUUCGGAAACAACACUCCAGUAGCCGUGGAGAGCACAGCAGACCUGGUUCGGUGUCAGGUGCUGGACAGCACGGGCCAGCUGGAGGCCAAUGACCUGGUGCUGCUCUAUGGCAUGGCACUGGUUCGGUUUGUUAAUCUCAUCACAGAACGGCAGCAGAAAAAAAUCGCUAAACCUUUACGGCAUUUAGCCAGAAAUUUAAAUAUCCCAGAGUGGGUGGUUAACCUCAGGCAUGAUCUGACGCAUCACAGACUCCCGACUCUAAAGUGGUGCAGAAAAGGUUGUGAAUUUGUCCUGAACUGGUUGCAGCAGGAGUAUUGGUCUCGCCAGCUGGGCGGUCAGCUGACUAAUGACUGGGACUCUUCAUCAGAAGAAGAGGGUGAAGAAGAGGGUGCUAAAAGACAAGAGGGAGAUCUGCUCCGCAGACAGAGAGAGAUAGAGGGACACAAGAAAGUCAGAGAACUCCUCAUCUCUUAUGAACAAGAACAGUUUCAGACGUAUGAAGAGCUGGCAAAGCAGGGAGGGCAGCUUGGAGUGUGGCCGGAUGCCAGCGCUGAUCUGAGCUGGAUCCUGACACAGAUCAAACACUUUGCCACAGAGGCCAGAGACAUCUUUGUUGAUGUAUUAGUGCAGGAUGGAUUUCUUAUUCCCACUGCAGAACAACUGCAGUCUCUGGGUAUUGACCCCUCAGUAGAGAACUCUGUGGAUGUUUUCUCCCCAUGUCUUCCUCGAGUGUUCUUGCAGUUCUGGUUGCCCUUGUUGAAGGUCCUGAAUUCGUCCAUCUUUAUUAUUCUGAUCCUGGACAAACUCUUUGCUGAACUCUCAAACGAGCUGUCCAAUUACAAAACUUACUACAUCGCCUCCUGGAUCUCAGAAAUUUUCAUCUGCAACAGUAAAAGUGAAUUGAAAGCUUACAGACGGCAGAAGAUAACGAAAGAAAGGAUCUUUGUAAACAGAUUACAGUUUCCAUGGCAGAAUCUCAUCUCUUCAUGUGUGAAUGCACCAUGUCCAGCCACACCAUUCCUGCUACGACAGAUUUUGAUUGACAUGGAUAAGCCCCUCCCUCUCGAUAAACAGCAAAACCUGCUUCAGCUCUGCAGCAUCUACACGCAGAGUUACCAUGGAAACUCUUCCCCCGAAACCUUAGACUCUGCUCAGCCUGUCUACACCUUACAGAGACUUCAGGAGAGGCUUGUGGGCGACACGUCACAGAACAGGGACACCCACACUUCUAACCACACCCCUGCAUCUUUGCAGGCUCAGCCCACAGAGGAGCUCCAGGAAAAGCUAAGCACAGAAACUCUACAGGAGAGAAACUCUGCAUUACAUGGAUCAGCAUGGAGCAUGUGCACAGAUAAGGUCCCCUGGAAACGGUAUCCACUAGGGAAGGUUCCAGGACAAUCUGAAGACCCCUCCUGUUUAAUUGUAGAGUCACAUUCGACAUUUACGGUUUUCGACCAGCAGGUGGAGCUCGAUCAACUCCCUCAUGGCAACUGGAGUGUUCCACUUCAGAGUAGAGGUGCCGCUGGAUCAGAGGGGCCUCUUUGGACUCACAGUGAUCUCAGCAAACUCAAUGCUGGACUCAAACUCUUUUAAUACAAAAAACAAAAUAACACACUUGCUUCACAUGCUCAGCAGCCUGAAGUUACUCUGAACUGCCAUCCCGGAACUAUGAACGCUGCACACACACACACACACACACACACACACACACACACAGGGGCAAAGCUGGACUAAUGCUCUUCUAGAUAAACACACAUCCAACUCCUCUCUGGUCCUUCUCUCUUUGAUAUUAUGAUGCUAUUGUGUAUUUCAAAGUUUGAAA